AUGUCUACACCGACCAAACGCAAAAUAACAUUAGAACUAUCCAGUAAAAAGUCUACGUUGGUCAAAGAUCGUCCAAGCGUCUUCCAGCGUCUUGGUACCAAGCGAGUCGGCCGCUCGUCCUCAUCGUCUCAGCAGCAGCAUCAGCAACAGCAGUACCACUCUCAAGAUACUGGCAUUACUAUCUGUGAGACGAAGGAAGAAAUCGUAAGGCGCAUCGUGUCGGCCGUAGACGAACCGAAAGUGGUGAACGUGCCGGAGAGUGUAGCGGCACACGCCCGAAUCAUACAAGCACAGCUGGCAGCGAAGCAGUUGAGCGGUAAAACCGUAGGACCAUCAGUAGAGCACCCAGCCGCUGGUGCGGCUAUCGGCAGCACGAGUGGUACUGUGGAACACGGUCUCGGAGGGGAACGGGUUAGACCGUUCGAAAAGCUCCUUGACCAGCCACCACUUCCCCAUUACUAUCAGCAAUACCAUCACCAGCACCAACGGCAAACGCCGUCCCGGUACCACAAAAAGCAUCACCAGCAGCUGCUGCAACACAACGAGGAGCAGAAGCUGCAGGAAGCUGAACCAUCGUCGCACGUGUACAAGAAGCUGGUGAGCGGUAGCGGUCAGCUGCGUCGACGACGUUCCAGCAACAUCCAAAGUCCCAGCAGUGCGGAAGGGGACAGUAGCAGCAGCAGUAUCGCCCCGGCACGAGACCCAGGCUCUGGUGAAGCGGCUACGUGGGAUCAGUCGUCCUUGGAGAAUGCUGACCAGGAUUUGCUAGAGCGCAAGCGUCAGGAACUACAACACGAGCUAAAGCUAGAAAUGGAUGCAACGAAGGUAAAGAAGGAUCAGCUAGGCAAAAAGCUAAAAAAGCAGUUGAUACCGUCAAGUUCGCACCGCUCCCAGCGGCAACAUCAUCAUGUGCACCAACAGCAACAACAGCAACUACAGCAGCACCACUGCUCAUCCUCCAGCUCCGACAGCUCCAGCAGUUCCGGGUCGGAUUCAUCUGACUCGGAAACGUCGAGCUCGUCCAGCAGCUCAUCCCAUGCGACAGUUCACCGGCGGCCGAAGAAACGCCACGCGGCAACGCGCGUCCUACGAGCGUCGAGCACUAGCUCGGAAUCGUGCGCUAGCACCAUUACUAAGCUGUCGAAAAAGCAUGCCAAAAAGCUGGCCGCCGCGCAUGAGACCGUAACGGUUGGUGGCAAGCGUCUGCUGGAGAAGAAAUCCGCCAUAGGAUUGCAGAUGUUGGCAAAAACGAUCUGUUGUCAAAAGCUUGCCACAUCGAACCAGAAUGCCGCCCUCAGCGGCAGUGGUAGCGGGGGUGGCAGCGGCAGCGCUAAUGCGCGCAAAGCUGCCCGGGAACUGUCGCAAUCGCCGGCGGGUAAGAUUUCAUCGAAGUAUUCUGUAAUGAAAGCAAAAAUGUUGAGCGCAAAAAAGGAAAAGCUGUCGGCCAUUGAUGCACGCGAAAGAGUCCGUGAAAAGGAGCGCGAGCUGGCACUGCGAGAAAAGGAACGGGAAAGAGAAAAAGAAAGAAUGCGGUUGCGCGAGAGGGAACGAGAGCGCCUGAAGUUGCGUGUGGUAUCUCCACCGAUCGCGCGAGCACGGACAACCAUUUCGCCCGUGCCGGUCCGAGGAUCGGUGAUCAUAAAGAAGAAGAGCCCCGAGCGGCGCGUGUCCCCUCCGCCGGUAUCUCGGUAUCGCGAAAUCGUGCCCAUGCGUCGUGAGCGAUCGCCUUCCGAAUUGCUACCGGAUCGCGAUCGUCGGAGGCACGAGGUGCUGAAGGAGCGCGAGCGCCGCGAACGCCAGGAGCGGCAGGAACGAGAAGCGCUGCGUAGCAAAGAGCGCCAGGAGCGCGAGGAAGCUCUAGUGCGGUGCCAGGAACGUUCACGUGAACGAUUGACCGUGAAAGACCAGCAGCAGCAUCAACAUCUGCACCAACACCAGCACCAGCAGCAGCAGCUGCAACAGCAGCAACAUCAAGUUUUACAUCAACACCAGCAACAGCAACAGCAGCAGCAGCAACAACAACAACAGCAGCAACAGCAACAGCAGCAACAGCAACAGCAACAGCAACAACAGCAGCAACAACCACAGGCCCGCACUUUGCGACGGGUUGACCGUGAUAACGACGGUGGGCUGGAGAAGCCGGACCGCCACCGGCCAGUCGAGCGCCUGUUGCCCCGGCCGGCGGAGCGUGCACGUGCACUGGCUGCAGCACGUUCACCGGGCAAAUCGGUCGAUAGGGACCGCAGCCGGUCGGGUUCCCCUAGAAGCGCAAGGCUGCGCGACCGGGAUCGUUCGUCGUACGAAAGACUAGACCGUGGCGUUUACCUGGAGGUGCACGAGCGGCGUAGCCGAUCGAGGGAGCGUGAGUACCUGACGAUGGUGCCAGCCAUCCGGGGCACGCGGCGGGAAAGUCCUCACUACGAGCGUCACACAAUGAUGGCGCGUGAUUAUCGUGCGGACACUGACCUUGCUUACGAUGAGCGGCUGGUGGUGCGGGGCGGAGGAGAGCGUGGUGUGCACGAGUACGGUCGUGACUAUCCGGACGAUCCGCCACCACGGCGCGAUCAUGACCGCACCUGGGAUCGGGAACCGCGUGUCGAGGUGGAGCAUGGCCGACGAUACGAGCGUUCGGAAAUGGGCCGUGAGUGGGAAAGCCGCGAUCAUGGACCGGGGCUCAGCGGGGGCCACUCCAGUCACGGCCGCGAGCCGGAACCCUACACUACCGGGACCGGCGGAGCUGGCGGAAGUGGCAGCGGUGCUGGCGGAAGUAGUUCCACUGGAGGAGGGGGUGUCGGUGGCGGAGGAAAUGGCCGUUCAUGGGAUGAUCAUCAGUGGAAGGAGAGUGAAUCGUGGUCAACGGAAAAGGACCGCGACCGCGGGUUGGAUCUGGAGUGGAAGUACAAGGACCGUCAGUGGGAGCACGACGAACGCGGCGGUGGUGGUCCGCCCCCUCCUUCCACAUCGCACGGACAUGGACCGAUACAUGGUCCUUCGGGACCGCGGCGUUCCUGGCAGCCGGCAUCGCACGGUGGCGGUUCCGGAGGUGGUGGCGGCAGUGGCAGUGGCGGCGCUAUGGGAGGGCCACCGGAAUGGCAUUCGGUGAAGGGCGGACCGUCGGACGAUCGAGAUUAUCUGCCCCAUCAGCGCGCCCUCAACGAUCGCUCCAUCGGCUUCCGGCGUCAUCCGCAUGGUCCGUAUCAUGGGCACGCUCGCAAGCCGCAUAUGGGUGGAGGCGGUGGUGGUAUUGGGCCUAGCAUGCAAAACAUUGGUGGCCCUAAUCGGUUUCCCUUGAAUAAGUACAACGUAAAUCGUACCUUACCACCCGGUGGCGGAGGUGGCAGUGCUGGAUCACUGAUGGUGCCGAGUCUCAAUCAAUCUUCCACCCAGCAUCAGCACCGUCAGACGCCUCCGCAGCAGCAGCAUCAUCAGCAACAAGUGCAGAUUCAGCCGAAUGUCCACCAUCACAUCCAUUCCGGGCAGCAGCAGCAUCAGCGCUCUGGUGGGCAUGAACUCGCACACUCGAAUGCCGAUUGCGGUAGCACUAUGGCGGCGCCCCAUACGCAUCCUGCUGCAGGAGGUUUCCAGCAGGUGAACUCCGCCUCUACGGUUACUCCACCGCCGCAACCGAACGAUACCAAACUGGAGCAGGCGAUGAUUCCACGCAGAAUGGCCAAUGAACCUAGUAGCCCAGAGCCUGCUGCUGUUACCGGAACCAUCUUACCGGAGGGUCGAGCCUGUGAUAGCGACGGUGUUACGCCGAUCACGGCCGCUCGGCCAUCAUCCGUAGAACCCGGAACGGAAGAUGUAGCCAAGGGAUCGGUCAUCGGGGCCCAGGAUGGUCAUGGCGACCAGCACCGUGCUCUGUCUAGACAACAGGCAACCGAAGCAACGGAUGUGGACAAUCUGAGCGAGAUCAGCGAUGAUCCGGAUGAAAUACUGAUGCGAGAAGAGGAAAUAAUAAGCCUUCAGACGAGCAGUUCGAUCCUACCCAUUGGCAAUGGCACCAACAACAAACUGCUGCCUGAGAGUAGCAGCGAGUGUGACGUCGUGACGGCGGUCGGAGGAAAAAUCGCACCCGCAUUGCAGUUACUGGCAACCGGGGACACUGUGUCGGAUAGCGAAAAGAAUCCUCCCGCUGCUGCUGCUUUCUUUUGUGGGCAGUCCGUCGUGUCCAAACUCCCGGAAAAGGAUGGCGAGCCUAUGGAUGUGUCAGUGAUCGAUGCCACGGAACGCAGCACACAGGCAGUGGACGAGACCGCAGAAACUAUCGUACCGUCGGACCAACUGUUGAUGGACGAGAGCGAGGCGAAGGAUGCCGGCAAACUGAAUGCCAAUAAGGAGCUGAAGGAGGAGAUGGAUUUGGACUUCGAGGAGAUCUCGGAUGGCGAGCUUGAGGAGGAGAACAAGUGCAAGGCGUUGGGCGAUCCGCUCGGUGUUGACUGGGGAAGUCUGGCCCAAGACACCCACCUAAAGCCGGUACGGCGACUGCAAAACUUUCUGCUAUCCCCUCGCAACCGCUGGAAGGCUCAGCACAUCCUGCUCGAAACCGGUAUUUCGGUGCGCCUGGCAGGGAUGAGCUACGCCCAGCGUGUGCUGGCGGAAUCGAAGGAAAAACUGCACGAGGAGCUCGAUCAGUACCAAUCCGGGCUGGCGGCCCACAACGUUCGCGCCAACCUCGACACUAAACCGUCGCCAGUGAACACCAAUUGCGGAGGAAAUGUCGAUGCAGGCUAUUCAGCGACUGAUCCACGGCACAGUGCGAAGGUAGAACCGUCAUUGACAAGUGAUGCGAAUGGCUUGGAAAUCAAAACGGAACGAACAGACGAGCCGCAACCGGGACUGCAGCGAUCGUUCAACGGGGGCAGCUGUGCCAUCGGUGCGAGUGUUGGGGUCGCCACCGGCGAACAUAAGUUCGAGUCAACGCCGGACGGAGCGAUCCAGGCAUCAACCAGCUUGAUCGAACGACUUGAGCAAGAUCUAGACGAGAUUGAUCGGAUCCGUCAUCCAGUAGCAGACAUGCAGGUUGCUUUCCGAGAGCGUUUGCUUGCUCGCCGCAAUCUAAUUCUGCAGACAGAGCCUGUCACCGGCCACCAGAAACAGUGCGGCCGAGCGCUCAGCGUUCGUUAUGACUACCAACUACGACGCCAACUUUGUGGUUAUCCGGUAUUUGAUCGGGUUGUGCAAACAGAUUCACCGGUCCGGGCUGGUACAAUCCGGUCUGCGCUGCACUUGCAGAUCGCUGCCCUUUGUUGCGACUGAAGCACGAAUAUGUGAUUCGGUACUUCAAUUCAUACUUCAACCAUUAAACGAAGAGAUGAUUGAGAAGAGAGAAAGCGCUUUAAAGCAUAUAUUGUAUGCUGUAUGCUGCAAU